AUGCUAAAGAAAACGAUCUUCAUCACCUUAUCCGCACUCUGCUUUGUAGCAGUAGUACAGGGUGGUACGGUGAAAGAAUGUGAGGAUAAGAUGGCAGCAUCGCUGAAGCCUAAACUGUGCGAGGUUCGCCAGUACAAACUGUUCGAAUCGCAGGACAUGUACAACCACAUCGAUUGUUGUAUGAAGGCGCUCGAUUUUGUCAACAACGAUGGAAGUGGGGAUUAUCAUAAGCUGUACGACUCAUUGAAAGAGAUCGAUCAGGCCAAUAAUCAUGACCAGAACCUGGAGAUGUGCGUUGGAGAAUCGGACAGUGCUCAGGCAAACCAGCGGGCAUAUGCGUACUACAAGUGUUUGCUAAAAUCCACUUCCGCAAACGCGUUUAAGAAGGCAUUUGAUCUGAAGGAACUUAUCAAUGCUGGUGUACUCCCACAGGGCUCUAAAUAUUCCCCCAAAGUGAAUGAGGAGAUGAAGAAAAUUGAUGACAAUUUAUGUUAA